AUGUUGAUUCCCAAGGCCGACCGCAAGAAGAUCCACGAGUACCUCUUCCGAGAGGGUGUCCUCGUCGCCCAGAAGGACUUCAACCUUCCCAAGCACCCCGAUAUCGACACCAAGAACCUGUUCGUUAUCAAGGCUCUUCAGUCCCUCAACUCCCGCGGCUACGUCAAGACCCAGUUCUCGUGGCAGUACUACUACUACACCCUGACCCCCGAGGGUCUCGACUACCUGCGCGAAUGGCUUCACCUCCCCGCUGAGAUCGUUCCUGCUACCCACAUCAAGCAACAACGAUCCCACGCUCCUCCCCGUGGCAUGCUCGGCGAGGGCGAGCGCGAGCGAAGACCCUUUGGCCGUGGCCGUGGUGGCGACCGAGGCGACCGUGAGGGCGGAUACCGACGAAGGGAUGCUGGCGAGGGCAAGGAGGGCGGUGCUCCCGGCGAGUUCGCUCCUCAGUUGUGA